UGUAUGUUGUUUACUUCUAAGUAAAUAGUAAAUUUUAUAAAAUUAAAAUGAUUAAAUUUAGAAAGAAAUCAUGUCUAAUAUUUGAAAUGAUUUUAAUCAUUAUGUUUGUUAAUAUUCGGAAUUCGAAGGCUCAAGUUUUAGAUAAUUCUAUUAACCAUCGUAUAAGAAAUCCAAGACCUGAUACAAUCUUAUUAUUGGUGAUAAUAUAAGAGAUCGUAUUCAGGAAAAUGGCCGAUCUGCUAUACAUGGCGAUGGCAGGGAUUACGUAUAUUAUAGGAAUAAUAAUGAAAAUCCGGGUUAUGAAGGUCCGGUUGGAGGAAAAAACCUGAUAGAGCACAAUUUUGAUAAUGGCUAUAAUAAUCGAAAACUUGUUCAGAUCAAUGGAGACACAGAUAUUCAUUAUGGCAGUGAGCCUCGGCUACCAAAAGGGCGUAAUAACGAUAUUCCUUAUGGUCGUAGGUACCAUAUACCCUAUUGGCAUGCCAGCGAAGGACCAGUUUUUGUAGAACCCAAUAUAAGAUAUCCUAAGGACAAUCAAUUUUGGCAAUAAUCUGGAAAACCAAGUUCAACUUAAUAGAGACCCCAAUCUUCAUUAUGAUAAUCGUAAUUUUGUACCCAAAUGGCAUAAUAAUGAAAACCUACAACGAAAAUGAGCAUCAUAGUUUUAAUGGGAAUAAUAGAAAACGAUUACUAGUUAAUAAUAUAAAUCAUAAGCAAAAUGAUUAUAUGGACCACAUACCAAAUUGGGCUGUCAAGGAAAACUAUCCAAAUAAUAAAGGUGAAGGAAAUGGAAAAACCUUUGGACAAAAUAACAUUAUUUCGGGUAAUAAUAUCAGAAAUCGUGUGCAGAUUAAUGGCGAAACUAUUGAGGAGGGUCAAAUUGGCGAUGAUGUAGCGAAGCUUAAUAAUCACAAUAUGAAUCAUGAUCACCGUGUUAAGGAAAAAGGAAACCGAGAUCGUGUAAAUAGUCAUAAUGAUCACAGCAAAACUAUUGAGGAGGGUACAAUUGGCGAUAAGCAGUCUAGUAAACAACCAAAAGAAACCAUUGUUACGACCACUGAAGAGCCGAGUUUGUGGCAAAAAACUAAAAAUUGGUUUGGUUAAACUUCAAUACAUCGGGGUCUAUAACACAAUAUUGAAGAUUAACCUUAUUGAUAAAAAAAAUUCAAUAAAAAUAAAGCAUAUUUUUAAAAA